AUGACCUCGGAACCGCACGAGCCUCUUGAUCGCGAGGACCGCGAGGAUGCCCCGUUCCUGGACUCCCCCGAUUCAGGCCGGCCCAGCGAUGCGAAACCCGAAAUUCCCGCCCAGGCGAGCCGGCCUAAUGUCUCUUCGAUCGCAUUUCGUCUCCGGGUGAUUUUGUGUCUGAUGGUCCUCGCGGUGGAAGUUGGGUUUGCCUUCUUGGAAGGUCCCAUGGUUCGCAUUUUGGAAGCCAUUGCUUGUCGUCAGCACUACUUGCAAGCCGAUCCAUCCAAAAUCGCAGGCGAUGGACAGGUGCCGGAGAAGCUGUGCAAGCUUGGGGAGAUACAAGCCGAGUUGGCCGCGGUCAAGGGAUACCAUAUGUUUUUCGAUGGAUUGUUGAGUGCACUUUUGGCAAUUCCAUACGGUUUGCUGGCAGACCGUCGUGGCCGCAAACCGACCCUCGUCUUGUCUCUCCCUGGAUUCGCCCUGAACACGAUCAUCACCGUCACCGUCAUGUGGUUCUCGGAUAUCUUCCCGCUGCGAGCGGUUUGGCUGUCUUCGCUGUCGUGGUUGCUCGGCGGUGGCCCUGUCGUGGCCGCUGCGAUUAUUUGGACCAUGAUGGCGGAUGUGACUACCGAGCCGGAAAGGGCUACCAUCUUUUUCCAAUUCGGUAUUGCGUUCAUGGGCGCUGAUUUUGCCUCGAGCGCAGUCAGCUCAUGGCUAAUGACGAUGAAUCCCUGGGUGCCGUUAACGAUCGGAUAUGGGAUCAUUUUAGGUGGCCUGCUGUUCACUAUCAUGCUACCGGAGACGAAACAUGCCAUGCCCUCUCAACCCCCAGAGUCAUCCCAUGUCGAACUCUCAGACCUGUCCGCGGGCCUGGGCCCCAAACAUCAUUCCGAUGAACUGGGAUCAUACCAUGAAGAGAGCGAUUUCCAUGCGAACCAUGAUCACAGCACGACCGUGGCAUGGAGCCUUUCAGCUGGAUCUUCUCGACCCAUGAGCACCAAAUGGCGUGCCAACUACCGAUUCUACAUCAAGCCGUAUCUGUUCAUUCUGAAUCGCAAACCGGUGCUGCUGCUUCUGAGCGCAUUCUUGGUCUACCGUCUGAGCCGAGGCUCCUCCUGGUUCCUGACCCAAUAUAUCUCCACGCGAUACAACUGGACCUUGGCCGCGGCCAACCUCCUUCAUUCCUGCCGACCUGCGGUCUCGAUCCCGCUGUUCCUGUUCGGUCUUCCUUGGAUUAAGGAGCGAGUCUUGCACCCUCGGCGCACGCCCACCGAAAAAGACCUGUGGCUGGCACGCGGCAGUAUUUUCUGCCUUACUUUGGGAACCCUAGGGAUUGGGUUGUCUCCCAGCAUCGCCGCGUUGAUUCCCAGCAUGGUCCUCCAGACCCUGGGCUCGGGGUUUGUCUUCCUCACGCGCUCGAUCAUCACCACGCUCGUGGAACGGGAUCAAACGGCGCGUCUAUUUACCGUCAUUGAAAUUCUGCAGGCAGUUGGUAAUGUCAUCGCCAGCCUUUCCAUCACGACCGUCUUCCAAUAUGGGCUGCGCCUGGGGGGCGCGUGGAUUGGACUAGCGUGGAUGAUGACCAGCUCAUUGUUUUGCUUAGUCGGUUUAGCGAUUUGGCGUUUCCGUCUCCCUCCCGCAUCUGCUGAACCCGAUUUUGUGGUAGGAGAGUUUGACGAGGACGCAUAG